AUGCCUCAAUUCAUUUCCAAACUCAUUUUGCUGGCCCUUCUAUGGCCCAUGUCUAUACGGGCGAUCCCGCUUUCAGAGAGGACAUGCUCGACCAGCAAGGCAAUAUACUUCAUCACCAAUGAUGGCAACAAUGCUGUCGCUGCGGUACCGAUUGGCGAUGAUGGUACUCUCUCAGGUGGCACUGUGACCGAAACAUGUGGGAAAGGAGCCAAUUCUAUCGACGGCACUACAAACCAACCUGCUGCUCCGGACGCCCUCGUCAGUCAAAGCGCAGUGAGCGUUGCCGGACAGUACCUCUUCGCUGUUAAUGCCGGUUCGAAUACUCUCAGCAUGCUGUCCAUCGAUGCGCAGGAUCCCACAAAGUUGACAAUGGUGGGCGAACCCGCCAGCGUACCGGGUGAAUUCCCCAACACCCUUGCCGCCUCGAUGAAAAAUAAAAUAGUCUGUGUUGGAAGCACCGGAGCCAAAGCCGGAGUGUCUUGUUCGUCAUUCUCUCAGAAGGGACUGGGUAAGAUGGAUAGUCUGCGUGAAUUCAACAUUGGACAAAGUACGCCUCCUGUUGGGCCAACGAAUACUGUCUCCCAGGUUCUGUUUUCGAAUGAUGAAUCGACUCUCUUGACGAUGGUUAAAGGGGACCCCACAGUCAACAAUACCGGCUUUGUUGCGACGUUUCCUGUGAACCAGGCAUCUUUCCGUCGUCCAGCCAGCAUAUCCAUGGAUGGUACUCUCAGUUCGCCAUCAGGGACAGCAGUGCUCUUCGGAACCGAGCCGAUACCCGGCACCGAGAACUUCUUCGUGACGGAUGCCUCUUUUGGUGGCACGAUCCUUUCUCUCGAUCAAAAAGCUGGUCAGCUAUCUUUGAAGUCUAAACAAGCCAUUGGCGGUCAGAAAGCUACCUGCUGGACCACUAUCUCUCAAUCAUCCAAGAGUGCCUUCGUGACAGAUGUUCAAGUUAACCACAUUGUCGAGAUGAGUCUCGAUAAUGCCAGGAUUAUCAAAGAAUACGACACAUCAAGCGUCAAUGCUGGACCAGGGUUCAUUGACCUUGCGGCAGCUGGCAAUUUCGUCUACGCUCUCUCGCCGGGAAAUGGCACAUCAGAAGCAAACGUAGUCGUCAUGGACGUAUCCGGAGGACAGGGAAAAGCCAAGAUAAUACAGACCUUUGGACUUGGUGCUUUGGGUGCGGGGAAGAAUUCACAGGGUAUGGUUGCCAUUUAA